AUGGUGACAGGAUCCUCUUUGGCAUAUUUAAACAAUAUCACUUUAUUGUGGGAAACCCUUAAGUUACCUUUAGAUAGGUUGAGUGGGUUUGUGAAAUUUUCAACUCUCGGAGCUUUACAAAUUGAACAUAAGUGGAUGGAGAGUCGAUGGGUACCACCGAAGACAAAUGCAACCCUUCUUAAUUUACCUGAUUACACAUUCUUAGAUAACAGGCCCACACCAUACGGUGCAAGACAGCGCAGAAGAAUAGAAAAACAAAAGAAGUAUACAGCUAGAAUUAUUCAAUUGACUUCUGAAAUGGAUCUUGCAAUGAACUUGUAUAGACAGAGGGAGGCUGCUAAGCAGGCUAUUAUUGAUGAUAGAAUAAGCAAGAAGCUGACAGAAAAAGGAAUUAAAACAGUUGGAGAUUGA